AUGACCAGGAAAGUGUUCACCAACACACGGGAGCGCUGGCGGCAGCAGAACGUCAACAGUGCCUUCGCUGAGCUGCGCAAGCUCCUCCCCACCCACCCCCCGGAGAAGAAGCUGAGCAAGAACGAGAUCCUGCGCCUGGCCAUGCGCUAUAUCGGCUUCCUGGUGCAGCUGCUGGAGCGUCAGGGGGGGCGGCCCACCCUGCUCAGCAUCCUGCACUCAGCCCAGGGCCUGGCCAGUGACACAGAAGCCCCUUCUCCCGGCUCCAGCUGUGACAGCUCUGAGGCCUGGUAGCCCCCCCUCCCCCCCUCCUCAUGUGGCCCUGCUGUCUCUGUACAUGUUCAGCCUACCAGAACUGCUGCCAAACCAGUGCCAAUGCAUCCCAUCUUCGCGCCACCUCCAUUCCAUCUUACCACAACCCAGUUCUAUCCCCAGCCAGGCUGAGCUCUUGAGAAGAUGAGUAGGGGGGUUUUUUCCGAACACGGUUAGAGGAUAUUCCGUUGGGAUUGGCCGCUGGUCUUCAACCAGGAUUCGAUACUUUAACUGGGGUAUACCGAACCUUUGUGGCCAGCUUAGCACUUGCACAUAUCCAGGGAUUCUAGUCCUAAUUAUAUAUAAGGUCAGUCUGUUUUAGAUACGACAGAUCGCACACAUCACACAGCCUUGCACAGCAGGGAUAUCCUGCAAGCAAAUAAAAUCAGGAACCUGACACCAAAAGAGAGAAUUCAUCAUUUGAUGCAUUCAAGCAUAUAUCUGAAACACAUAAAAUAAAUUCUUGUCAAGGACUGCUGGGAGAUUUGAGGGAAACAAGGAAGAUUCCCUAACCAUCUCAUCAAGGGCAGCAGUGAGUUCACACAAAAGACAAAGGGAGCCCGGAUGCCUUGUUCUGUUUAAAUGUCAAUAGGAAAGAAAGACGGUGCUUAACAAAAGCCAGGAACGGUGAUGACUGGCUGGGGUAGAGCUCUGCUUUGGCUAUAAACAGUGCUGUGUGGACCCAUAAAGACAAGCUCAUCUCAUCAACAAGGACCAUAGGAAUAAUAUGUAGGAUUUUUUUGUCUAUUUAUUGGGGCAUCAGGGAUUAGACUUGUGGGAAAAUAGACAAUCCUUUUAGUAAUAUGUAUAAUUCAGUUUAAUCACUGCAUAUCACAGCUUAAUUUGCUGUUUGUACAAGAACUAUGUAGCCAAAGAUUGUUGUUUUUUUCUGAUCAAUUUUUCUCAUGGGUUGGCUAUUAAUAUUUAACAUUAUAUCGAUAUCUGUAUUGUUUUCCAUGUUAAUUCUAUUGGAUUUGUUUUUAUGUUGAAAUGUAUUUAUUAUAAUUGUAUUUAUUUGUCAAUAGAAAUGUGUGAAAAUACCCCCUUUGCUUAUCUGGAAUUCUGAAGAAUACCAUUCUAUCAUUGCUAUCUAAAGGAGUAAAAACAAAUUUCAGGAUUUGUCGUUUUUUUAAUCAUUCACAAUGUUAUUUAACGCUGUGAAAUAGAGUUGACGAAGGACUGAUUGAAUUUUCCUUUAAAACAAACAUCUUUGCUACGCUGACUGUGGUUUGCAAAUCUAUGAAUGAAUUAUGGGCCAUUCUCUUUUAAAUGUUUUCUCCUUGAAAUGUUCUAUAGAAGUCAGUUCCCUAGCCAAUGGGCAGUACUAAUGGUCCAUUACACAGCCUUUGAUCCCCAGACGAGCACAGUGAUGACCCCUGGGUCAUGUCCGAAAGCAGUGAGGACAGAGAA